AUGGAUGGGAAUAGUGCUGCAGGUCCUGACGGUUUCUCCGGCCGAUUUUUCUCUGCUGCUUGGGAGAUAGUUGGUGUUGAUGUAUAUAACGCUGUUCAGAGUUUCUUUUUCUGCUCUGAGCUUCCCAGGCGAAUCACUGCUACGUCCAUAGUGUUGCUACCCAAGGUCCUUCGCUCUUUUGGCUUUGGAAAACGCUGGAUUGAUAUGGUCUGGCAUGUUAUCUCCAAUGUUUGGUUUUUCAUCAUUGUAAAUGGUUCUCUAUGCGGUUUCUUUAAGUCAGCUCGGGGGCUCCGCCAGGGGGAUCCUUUGUCGGCUGCUUUGUUCAUCAUCGAGGCGGAGGUGCUUUCUCUGUCUUUAAAUCAGCUGGCGCAUCGACGGGAGUUCCAAGGCUUCAGGGUCCCACGAGGCUGUCUGACUAUUACCCAUUUGGGGUAUGCUGAUGAUGUGCUAAUUUUCUCAAGUGCGACCGCCACUUCUCUCCGGCUGGUAAUGAGGGUUUUAGAUGAUUAG